AUGAAUGUCCUUUACAAACAAGACGAACGUACUACAUAUUAUGCGCUGCCAUGGCUGUUAGAAAGGGGAUUUGAACGAGGGACCCAACGCCUAAUAUCGCGCAGCAACCUAGACGUGAACAUUUCGGUGGCCGGCCGGACCAGAUUGAUCAACACACCCUUACUCAUUGCUAUCGGGUACGGUCGUGCGAAUAUGGUGGAGCUCCUUCUGCGCAAUGGAGCCCAAGUCAAUCUCGGAACAGAUAUAUCCGCCUUGGAAUAUGCUGCGACUCUGGGAUACUACGACCUGACAAGUUUACUCCUCCAGCAUGGCGCCCAUGUAGACCUCGUGGGCGUAAUGUGCGGUCUUUCUCCUCUUGGAUGUGCUCUUGAAUUUGGCAACCACCCCGAGAAGGCAACCCAUACUUGUGGGCCAGACAGGCACUCUGUGAGCGAGUUUGUCGCUGUGAUCCAGUUGCUGCUAGCGAACGGGGCAGAUCCUCAUUUCCAGUCCGAUAAAACCUUGUCUACUGCCCUGCACAGGAUUCCCAAGGGCCCAUGGAAGUCGCCAGGGACAUUGUUCAGUCUGUUUCUUGAUUUUGGUGCUGAUUUAAAUGCACAAGAUUCGAAAGAAGACACUCCCCUUCAUAUUGCCCUCUCCCAUGACGCAUUCCUGGGAGAUAUGAAAGCCCAAAAAGAGUUUGUGGCAUUGCUCUUGAGGUCUGGUGCCGAUGUUAACCUACAGAACUGGCGUGGAGAGAUACCACUAGGUAUCAGCGUUGAGAAUCCGGGCAUCUUUGAACUUCUCAUAAAACCAGUGUCGGGCACUCGUUGGCGUGGAAAAAGCGGAGACGAAAUUAUUCGGAAGCUUUUAAAAACACCGUGGCGAAAGCAAAAGAAAGGUGCAAAGCAACAUGUGAUCAAUACUAUCUUGAUAGAGCUGCUCUUGGAACAUGGGGCUUGUGCAGAUCAAAUCAUUGAUAGGGAAUGUCUACUGGACUUGCCCGCGGCAGCGAGAUACCCUAUGCUGAAAGAUUUGAUGAGCAAGAGGGAAAUGGCUCCCCACAGAGGUCAUCCCCGGCCCUGA